AAGGCAACAGUCAGUGGUAAUCAUAUCAGUCUGUCCAGAAGAACAGCUUAGAUGAUGCGUGGAACCCCUCAGGCUCCCUCAUGCCUGUGGAAGAGGACACGACCACCCACACACGAGGGGGAUAAAUUGGCUUGAAUCAGUUCCGACUCCAGCAGCUGCAAGAAGCCGCUAACAUCCUUACAUGCUUCUGCAUCUCCGCACUGCUGGUUUUCAUGUGGUAAUACACCAGCAAUCACAUUGAUAUCCCUCCUUUUUUUUCAUUUUGGGCUGAACUUUUUUCCUUCUCACUGGUAUGAAAUGUCUGAGCAUCCAGCCUCUGCAUCAACAGCUGUCGGUCACUGUGAUUGUCUUUUUGAAUUGAGGUCAGCCUUUGGCGCACAGAGGAUGAGGCUGUGCAGCUUUCAGAUUCACCCCACAAUAGACGCCCACCCAUUGAGAGAGCUGCAGCCAAUCAGAUGACUCCUACCAUUGUGCACAUGUUGUGCUCUGCAGCCUUUAAAUGGUCCCACAGCACCGGCAUCUCAAGGAGGCAGCAGGAUGGAGCGCGUAAAGUCUGCGCGCAGGAGUCUCUUUGGCCCCGUGGAUCACCAGCAGCUGCGCCGCGAUUUACAGCAGGAGCUCCGGGAGAUGGCAGAGCGGGACAGCCGGCGCUGGAACUUUGACUUCCAGGCGGGGACGCCUCUGCCCGGCGGGCUGCAAUGGGAGGAGAUACCUGCCCAGCGCGCUCCUGCGCUCUACAGAGACUCCCUCACUUUCCUGAGCGGCGAAGGGAAGAGCGAAGAUACCGACCAGGAAAACUGCUCCAACAUCUCCAACAAAUGUGCGCAGGAGAAGACUCCCCUCCGGAGGAAGAGGAGGACAAGGAGGCCCCUGUCUAAACCUGGAGCCAAGCGCAGGGCCAACGCGCGCAUCACAGAUUUUUUCCCAAAGAGGAAGAAAACAGAAGGAAAGAGCAUCCUGACUCCAUUCCAACCUUCAUCCAGGGAAACACUUCAAUGCAGGACAUUGGGAUAAACAUGAAGAUGGAGUCUUCUAAUGAAGAAAAACAACCAUUACUGCACACAUGUUUACUUUAUUUAAAUGUCGUUUCAUUUUCUGUCUUCUUAUUUAAAAUGUAAAGUGAGUCUUCAUGGAUACGUGUAUUUAUUCUAUUUAUACAAACUCAAUUUCACUUUUUUUAUAAAAUGUUGCUAAUCUGUUGGCCAAUUGCUGCUGUUAGUUUACAAGUAAAGCCACAAUAAAGAAUAGUUAAUGCAUGACUUUUACUGGAUUUUAUGGUUUGUCUUAUUAAGCUAAAGGCACUUUGUUCUUAUAUUUGUGUCGUUUUUUUCAUUUUAAAAUAAACUUUUGAUUUGUUAUAAACCAAGUAAUU